CCAGUUUUUCCCGUGCUCCUCUAGGCCGGCGCUCCACUCGGCGCUAUAGCAACGGUAGCUAGCGGCCUGGAAAGCGAGGUGAUAGGCCAUGUCUGGUCCCACUGAUGAGACUGCAGGAGACCUGCCUGUGAAAGAUAUAGGUCUAAAUCUCCUUGGAGUGGGAGGGUUACAAGAAACUGCAGCAGCCCGAACGAUGAAGUCCCGCCAAGCAGUGUCACGUGUCAGUCGUGAGGAACUGGAAGACAGAUUUUUACGUUUGUGUGAUGAGAACAUUUUACUUAAGCAGCAUGCCCGUAAGCAAGAGGAUAAAAUUAAAAGAAUGGCCACCAAGUUAAUACGGUUAGUUAAUGACAAGAAAAGAUAUGAGCGGGUUAGUGGCGGCCCCAAGCGGCCGGGACGAGAUGUGGAAAUGGAAGAAAUGAUUGAGCAGCUGCAAGAGAAAGUUCAUGAGCUUGAGAGACAAAAUGAAGCCCUCAAGAGCAGACUAAUUUCAGCCAAACAGCAACUACAAAUCCAGGGUUACAGACAAACUCCAUACAACUAUGUUUCAUCCCGUGUUAAUGCUGGACGGAGAAAAGCAAAUGAAAAUACAGGUUUACAGGAAUGUCCCAGGAAAGGUAUAAGAUUCCAGGAUGCCGAUGUACCAGAAACUACACAACCCAUGCUUACUAAAUAUGGGAAUAGUUUACUUGAAGAAGCCAGAGGAGAAAUAAGAAAUUUAGAAAAUGUUAUUCAGUCACAAAAAGGCCAGAUAGAAGAGUUAGAGCAUUUGGCUGAGAUCCUGAAAACUCAGUUGAGGAGAAAAGAAAAUGAAAUUGAGUUAUCUCUUCUUCAGCUUCGAGAACAGCAAGCCACAGAUCAAAGGUCAAAUAUUCGGGACAAUGUAGAAAUGAUUAAGCUUCACAAACAACUAGGAGAGAAAAGCAAUGCUCUUUCAGUAAUGGAAGGAAAAUUUAUUCAGCUUCAAGAGAAGCAAAGAACUCUCAGAAUCAGCCAUGAUGCAUUGAUGGCAAAUGGAGAUGAGCUAAAUAUGCAACUCAAAGAACAGCGUUUGAAAUGCUGCAGUCUUGAGAAACAAUUACAUUCCAUGAAAUUUUCUGAAAGAAGAAUAGAAGAGCUGCAGGAUAGAAUUAAUGAUUUAGAAAAGGAACGGGAACUUUUACAGGAAAACUAUGAUAAACUUUAUAACAGUGCCUUCAGUGCUGCCCAGGAAGAGCAAUGGAAGUUAAAGGAACAGCAGCUGAAAGUACAGAUUGCUCAGCUUGAGACUGCCCUAAAAUCUGACUUAACCGACAAAACCGAAGUCCUUGACAGAUUAAAGACUGAAAGAGACCAAAACGAGAAACUCAUUCAGGAGAAUAGAGACCUACAGUUACGGUAUCUGGAACAAAAGCAACAACUUGAUGAACUUAAAAACCGCAUGAAGUUUUUUAACCAGGAAAGUGAUAUUAAUGCUGAUGAACUGAGUGAAGCUCUCCUGCUUAUAAAGGCUCAGAAGGAACAAAAAAAUGGAGACCUUUCCUUUCUAGAGAAAGUAGAUGGCAAAAUAAAUAAAGAUCUAGAACGCUCCAUGAGAGAGCUACAGGCAACUCAUGCAGAAACAGUUCAAGAACUUGAAAAGACAAGAAAUAUGCUAAUUAUGCAACACAAAAUUAAUAAAGAUUAUCAGAUGGAAGUUGAGGCGGUGACCCUAAAGAUGGAAAACUUGCAGCAAGAUUAUGAACUGAAAAUGGAGCAUUAUGUUCAUCUUCUUGAUAUCAGAACUGCACGUAUCCAGAAAUUAGAAGCCCAAUUAAAGGAUAUUGCCUAUGGUACCAAGCAGUACAAAUUCAAACCAGAAAUCAUGCAAGAUGACUCUGUCGAUGAAUUUGAUGAAGCCAUUCACCUAGAACGGGGUGAAAAUCUAUUUGAAAUCCAUAUCAACAAAGUAACCUUUUCUCCUGAAGUUUUGCAGACCUCUGGAGAUAAAGAGCCUGUCACUUUCUGUACAUAUGCUUUUUAUGAUUUUGAACUACAGGCAACCCCUGUCGUAAGAGGCCUUCACCCAGAAUAUAACUUCACUUCUCAGUAUCUUGUUCAUGUUAACGACUUAUUUUUGCAAUAUAUUCAGAAAAAUACCAUCACUCUUGAAGUUCACCAAGCUUACAGCACAGAUUAUGAAACAAUCGCAGCAUGUCAAUUGAGAUUCCAUGAUAUUUUAGAAAAAAGCGGUAGGAUAUUUUGCACAGCAACUCUGGUUGGGACUAAAAGAGACAUCCCAAAAUUUGGCACAGUGGAAUACUGGUUCAGAUUAAGAGUACCCAUGGAUCAGGCAAUUCGACUUUAUCGAGAACGGGCAAAGGCUUUGGGAUAUAUAACAUCAAAUCUUAAAGCACCAGAGAAAAGUCAAUCAUUAAGUCAGCAAGUACCCAAAACUGCUCAGCUCAGUUCAACAGAUUCCACAGAUGGCAACUUAAAUGAACUCCACAUUACAAUAAGAUGUUGCAACCAACUGCAGUCCCGAACCAGCCACCUUCAGCCACACCCAUAUGUUGUGUACAAGUUUUUUGAUUUUUCAGACCAUGACACAGCCAUCAUUCCCAGUAGCAAUGAUCCACAGUUUGAUGAUCAUAUGUGUUUCCCAGUGCCAAUGAAUAUGGAUUUGGAUCGAUACCUUAAGUCAGAGUCUCUGAGUUUUUAUGUGUUUGAUGAUAGUGAUACACAGGAGAAUUUUUACAUAGGAAAAGUCAAUGUGCCUCUGAUUUCACUGGCACAUGACAGAUGUAUCUCAGGGAUUUUUGAGUUAACAGAUCAUCAGAAGCAUCCUGCAGGUACCAUUCAAGUUAUAUUGAAAUGGAAAUUUGCUUACCUUCCACCAAGUGGAUCAAUAACCACUGAGGACAUAGGAAAUUUGCCACAGGAAAACGAGCCAGAAGCUGUGCAAAGACUACCUUCAACACCCUCUAUUAGCACGUUAGUUGCAGCACCAAGACCUAAACCAAGACAACGUCUAACACCUGUGGAGAAGAAGGUGUCUUUUGUGGACAUCAUACCACAGGGUUCUGAAACGUCUAUUCCUCCAGAAGAUUUGAAAGAAAUUUCACAAGAAGAGCAGACACCAGAAAUGGAAAUUAUUAUGCCCACUGUUUCACAUAUUGCCCAGGUUUCACAAGAAAGUAGUGGAACUAAGGCAAAAGAGAAUACUGAGAAAACACAGCAAGGAAAAGAAGAUGACUUUUCCUUGCUGUCUGAGGGCCAGCUCGCAGAGCAAAGCCUAGCUUCUUCUGAGGAUGAAACUGAAGUCACAGAAGAAUUAGAACCAGAAGAUGAAGAUAGAUCAGAUUCUGAUAGUGAUGACUGUAUUAUUUCAGGCCCUGUGUUCAAGAAUAAACAGACAUCAAAGAACAUUCGGAUUGAGAUCAUAGCUCUAAGCCUUAAUGAUUCUCGAAUAACCAUGGAUGACACCAUCCAGCGGCUCUUCAUUGAAUGCCGAUUCUACAGCCUUCCCGCUGAAGAGACACCUGUAUCACUUCCAAAACCCAAGAGUGGGCAGUGGGUCUACUAUAACUAUUGCAAUGUGAUCAGCAUGGAUGAAGAAACCAGCCAAGCAAAAAGAGACAUCUUAAAAGCUAUACUACUAAAGCAAAAAAUGCCUAAUCAAAGCAUUCGCUUCACUGUGGUCAGUGACCCUCCGGAGGAUGCACAGGAUUUGGAGUGUGAGGACAUUGGCAUUGCUCACAUCGACCUCGCCAACAUGUUCCAAGAAGGAAAAGACAUCAUCGAGCAGAAUAUUGAUGUUUUUGAUGCACGAGCAGAUGGUGAUGGCAUUGGCAAGCUCAAGGUGACAGUGGAGGCGCUCGAUGCCCUACGGUCAGUCUACGAGCAGUACAGAGAGGACUUGGAGGCUUGAAAGAAGCAGCUCCAGAGGCAUCUCCUACUUCUAAGUAAAUGCCCACAUGAAAGCUCUUAAGAUGAGAUUUUCUGUAAUUACUCUGGUGUAUAUAAUCUAUAAUUCAUGGGGUGCUGGGAGGGUGAGGCCUGGGUUUGGGUUUGAAAUGUUCUAGUUUUGUAUAGUUUUUCAUUUGUUUAUUUUUCUAUUCCCUCCUUCCCAUGACUGCUACCCCUAAGGACUGAAGUUUCUGCAGUGGGUAACACCUUCUCAAUAAUUUAUACCUACACGAUAGCUUGAGAAAAUGUAUUUGCAUUUUGAACAUUUCCUACAAAGAACUGAAAUGCAAUUCCCAUUUUUAUUUUUAAUAAGCAAAAGCACGAAUCUUAAGAAAAAAACUAUAAAAAACCACUUUUAUGUUAUCCCUAAUCAUCCCACUAAAUGGAAUAUCUGUGAUUAGUCUCAUUAAGAGUUUUAUACUGUGAAGAUUUUAUUAGAAGCAAUAUAUGAAAAUUACUUGGAUUAAUGUGUUAAUCUUCCUCUUUAAAAUGCUAAUAUCCAUUUUAUACACAUUAAAGCUCAGUAUGCAUUUUCUUUGAUGCAUGCAGUUUCUAUCAAUUAAAUAUAAAGAAGGAGAAUUGACACCAACUUAUCAAAUUACUGCAAGGGGUGUUUUUGUUUCUAUUUCUUGAAAAUUAUAUUUGUAUUGCUUUCAUGUAUUUGUAAUAAUAUGGGAUCUAGAGGCAUGUCUAUAUAAAGAAGUAAUAGAUGGGAUGGGAAAUUCAUACUUUUGAAAACUUAGUUUAUGACACAGAAAUUAUUUUAAAUAUGACUAGUUUAUGACAUAGAAAUUAUUUUAAAUAUGACUAAAUUCUGCUACACUUAGACCUGAAAGAAAUAUCUUUUUAUCAUUUUUUUAAAACUUACAUCGAGCUUAUACAAUGCUGGAGUGCAUGUGGAUAACCAGAUCCUCAAAAAGCAGUUGAGAAAGUUAAUUUUCUAGCUUUACCCAAUCUCACUGAAGGAUUUAAUUGAUAUUUUUAAUGGAGCUGUGAAUCAGUGCUGCAAAGGAAUUGUCUCUAGAGGUCUAGGAUAUAAUGCAUUUCAUUUUUUAAUUUACUUUUUUAUUUGUCAUUUUCUUCAAAGGAUUUUUAUAGGCUGUGGGUUUUCACUGUUUGCAAACAGGCUAUGUUCCUUCUUAAGCAUAUGUAAAGUAUUCAGGGAGAUAAGUAAUUUAUUAAAAUCUACCUAAUUUGCCGUGAUAUAUUAAAUCUCUGCUUCAGUGAUCACAGACCAUUUCAUUUAGAGAAUUAGGCAUUCCCUCUUUGUGUGAUUAAAGCUCUGGAAAAUGAGUUCUUUGCUCCUAUUUGUGAACAUUCAAAGCCUGCUAAUGGCAAGAAGAUGGAAUAGAUUAUGAGACAAUUCAUUACAGUUCAACAGGGGAAAAAAAGCAGCUAUAAUGCAAAAAUGCAAGUAUGAAUAUCUGCAUAUAGUUUGAACCAUCUGUGCUCUAAUGGCUCCAAUAAUGACUCUCAUCUUUAGGAGGCUUUGAAAUGACAUCCAUACAAUAUUAAUUUGUUGCUGUACAUUGUGGGACCAGUAGAGUAUGAUCUGACCACAAAAAUCUAUAAAUUCUGUCUCUACCAUUUGGCCUCCCUGUCCUGGAGCCUGCCAUCUCCAAGGGGAAUCUUGCUCUCAUCAAACUCUGCAAAUCUUCCUGACAACUCAUUCCUCUGGAACCUUCUAGCAACCACAAACAUCUGCAGACAAAACCUCUCCAAUCCUAGUAAACAACCACAUGUUUGUUGUCACUUCAGCUGGCUCUGAGCUCAUCAUCUUGGCCUCCCUUUCUAGCUUUCUUUGGCUUUGUGCAGUUACAGUGUCAUUAAGGUUCCGUAAUAUUCCCUGCAAUAAUUUAAAACAGCCAGAUUAUACCCUGGGAUUAACUGAGUGGUUUUUGAGACAUUUAUUGUGGUAUUCUCCCAGAAGGUUUGUAUUAUUAUUUUAAAAUGUUACAUCCUAAACUAAAUACCCUCUCUGCAGAGAGAAAAACUGGGUUUCAUUGGCUUCUUGAGAUCUAAGUGGCAAGGGGAAGUUUUUAUCAGUGAAUCAACUGUAUAGAAUCUAUAACUCAGAUAAGAUUAGGAGAUUAAUCCUGUUACUCUCACAUCCAUGUUUAUUGUAAUAUUUAAAACUUGCUUUCUAGUUUUAAAUAUUCAGUUUCAGAACUCACAGAUGUUCCCAGCACUCAUUUUCACACAUAAUGGCUGACACAUUUUGAAGUAGGUAAGUCAUAUCAAGUCCUCUCAUGGAAAUCCAUUUGUAUUUACUUUUUCUUUUGUCUUAUGUUAAGCAGAGGUCAUUGAAAAGUUCACCACCUUUCAGCUUGAAGAGUGAUGGUUUUUCUCUCAGUGAGCCAAGCUUAAAUAGUUAAGGAUGGCAGGAGAUGAUGGGUACUGCCCGCCACGGCCUUGUCACCCAGACACACCCAUCAGAGGUGAGGCUUUUGUGAACCUACAGCUCCCAGUGUAAUGCACACAAUAAAUACACUUAGCACUUGGAGGCUGGAAAUUGUGCUUAUAGUUUGGAAGUAUAAAUAGAGACGUGAUGUGGUGUGUGGAAGAGCGUAUUUUGCAUGGUUUGUUUUUUGGGGAUUUUUUUUUGUUUUUUGUUUUUUUUUGUUUUGCCUACUGUAGUAGAAUUGUCAAAUUCCCAGCCACUGUCAUGAGAAGCAGUUGACAAAAAUAAGUUUUAUGGUUUACAGUGUGGUUUACGUGGAGAACAUUUCUCUUCACUCUCAGUUUCAACAUGUUUUCUAAAUUAUCAUGGUUUGUUGCCAUUUAACUUAAAUUAGGUUGUUUUUUUUUUUUUAGAAUAGAGAAUAUGUUUAAUCAAAUAAAGAGAGGCCACAUUGAGA